CAACGCGUGAUACUGUAAUGUAGGGCAUUGCAGUAGUCGCACAGCUGGAAUAUCCCAGAAAACUCCAUUUCCCAGAAUGCAACAACCCCCUGACACGUUACACAGUAAGGAAGUGGCCUUUUACUCAUUUUUAUUCUUUUUCUAGCACCAGACGACACGUUUUCUAUCUUUUGUGAAGUCCGUUUUGAUCGCGCGUAGAUAAUCCAAGCGGCGCGCGCAUCUCGGUAUGACCGUAUCGAUUAUCGCGGUCGCAGCCGGUGGGUCAGGAUGAAUGGCCACCAUCGUUAACUAAUGAAUGAACUGGACACUUCAGCCACCACAAACUAUUAAACACUUAGUUUACGUAAACGAACGUAUUUACGCAAAUAUCGUGGCGGAAUCGUAUGGUUUACCCGUAUAGGUCGCAGUCGGUCUCCCGCGAUAUAACGCUUGAAUACAGGCGCUGGUAGGGGUCAAAUAAAAUCAAUGAUUAUUUCAGCCGUCAUGGAUUAUAUAAAUGCAGCCAGAUCAGUCGAAGAUCAUCUGUUGAGCUACAGAAAAGACGAAUCCGGAUGGAAAAUAUGUAAGAAAACUAAUGAUGUUGUGGUGUCGUGGAGACCUUCUUGUGAAUUUUCAGGAUAUGUGUAUAAGGGGGAGGGGCUUGUCAAUGCCAGUCCAGAGAAAGUGUGGGACUGUUUGAAACCUGAAAUCGAUGGAUUUCGAGUCAAAUGGGACACUAACCUGAAAAGGUUCGAGCUGAUUGAGCAGGUGUCUGCGGACGUUAUGAUCUGCCGAACUGUCACGCCGUCGGCUGCCAUGGGUAUCAUAUCACCUCGAGAUUUUGUUGAUGUUGUUUCCAUCAAGCACCAUGAAGACGGCACCGUGUCAUCGAACGCUACCAACGUAAACCAUCCCAACUGUCCUCCGCAGUCAGGAUACGUCAGGGGCUUCAAUCACCCGUGUGGCUGUUUUUGUGUUCCAGUUCCCGGGGAACCUGGUAAAACUCAGCUGUUCAGUUUCUUUCAGACGGAUCUCGGAGGUUUGCUCCCUCGCUCAGUUGUCGAUUCGUUUUUCCCCACCAGUAUGGUGGACUUUUACAACAACCUGAGCAAAGCGACAAAAUCGCUCAAAUAACACCAGUGGCGCUUUGGAAAGAUGAUUCUCCUUUAAUCACAAAUACAACCAUUUUAAUGCACUCAAUCAUGCUUUAGUAAGAGCAGAAAAGACCUUUAGAUAUAUUCUUGAUUCUUCCAGUAGCCUACAUGUGACCAAACAUACCUUGGCAGUGUAACAUUGUGAAUAAUGAAAAACUCAUUCGAAAACCUAGAGAUUCACAUGAAAACAAAAAUUUAUUCUAGGGGUUUGCGAUCCUUAAAGAUUUAGUUUCUGUCAUAAUUCAGACCUGUGUGGUGAUAACAGUUUUUGCACCAGAAGUGUGCCUGUGAUGCUGACUAUAUAGGCAGCACACUAUUUUUUAAGCAAAGAGCCGGUAUUUCUAGAGUUUCAGUUACAUUCCUGUAAGUCGUUGUCUUUUAAGAUCAAACCUUCUUGUUAGAUGCUCAGUUUUAGUUUUGUCAGAAGCUGUUUUACGCAACAGAUUUGAUGUACUGUACGCUCAAGACUGACCAAAUAGGCUAAAACAAUCCUUCAGAAAUGAAUUAAGAAUCGAGAAGGGAAUAAAUAAUGUCAAACUCCUGAAUUUGAGAUGAAUUGCAAUUAUAAUUCGUAAUUCGUUGUAAAGCAUGCCGAAACAAAAACCACUGCUUAAAAACUACAUUUAAAGCAGCAACGUUUAAUUCAAUUACAUUUUAACGUUAAAAUGUUGACAAAUUAAACAAAAAAUCGGAAUUUUCAUCACAAAAUGUGAUGUUACGAAACAUUUUAAUCUUUUUUAAAUGCAAACUUUUAAGUUUUCAUAUUUGUAUCAAAUAAAAGCCCUUUAAAACAUUCCAGAAAGCACUAAAACUGGAAUGCAGUGAUAUUAGUUACAAUUCAUCCAGUUUUGUCCCCACAUUUCUGCCUUAUGGCUGGAAUACGCUACAAGACUUUUCUGAACAGAUUUGUUUUAAACUAGACAUCAUACACUUGCAGACUUUAUGAAAGUUUCAGAUAGAAACACACUAACUGAUCAAAUCUGCACAGACUUUCUGCGACAAGUCCAGACUGAAAAUCUGAGCAAAAGUCUUGUCGUGUAUUUUAGCCUUUAGUCUUGUAAUCAGUCUACAUUGCACAAGGACAAAAGGGCCUGUUUAUACCUCAAUAAAUGAACCGUCUCAUGUGCUGACUGUGACCUCUAUUAACCGUUUGCCUGUUUGUCCAUCCGGUCACAUGCGUGUCAAACCGUGUGUACAGUAUUUUAAUGCCUGUAUGACUUUCGUGAAAAUGUGAAUGCAUGUCCAUGGCCUUGAGAUAUGUUCGGUUUUAUUUUUUAUAUAAAAGAGUCAUAUGCUCUAUAAUGCAAGCAUUUUGGAUUAUUUUAGAGAGCUAAUGAUGUGCGUUUCGUGUGCUUGCUUUUGUUUUGGUAGUAUUGUUCUGGUUAUAGCCAAGGCAUUCGGUUUAUGCCAAAACUUCUUAUUAAUAAUCAUUAAUAAUACAUUAAUUUAUUUUCCAUAACUUGAUAUGAGAUUUUUUUCGAACAUUAUGGUUUUGGAUUAUUCUCUGAAGAAUAAAAUUCAAGAGAAAGAUAUUCAAAAAGAAAGUAUAGUCUUGAUUUUCGUGAUCUGGAAUUGAUUGGAUGUUAAAAGGUGACUCAGGUGUUUGUGGGAAAGGGGUUUCAAUUUUUUCAUAUUUUAAAACGUUUUUGCUUGUUCUUUGUACAGUGCAAUUUGUUUUUCGUCCAUGUGACAUCGAUUGCAACUAUGGGAAGUAAACUAGGACAUUGCACAAUUCUAGAUGCUGAUUUGUGAUUUUAUUGAUAUUAAAACUAUUGAUGAUCAUCUGCUUGUAAUUGGAUU